AUGUCUCCUAACCUACUGCAAACUUACUCUGAAGGAAUUCAUGACAAAGGUGCCGCCUUGGAAAACUGUUUCGGCUUUGUUGAUGGAACGGUUCGUCCCAUAUCAAAACCAGGAGUCAAUCAGAGAGCUGUUUACAAUGGUCACAAGCGCUUUCACGCCCUUAAAUUUCAAUCCUUGGCCCUACCAAAUGGAUUGAUUGACCAUCUGUUUGGACCAGUAGGUAAGGGUAUAUUCAUUCAUUUUUUAUAGUGGGAUAGUACCGUAGCUGUUUUUACUUGGAGAGACAUUUUUAUCACUUAUGUGAACUUAAAAGUUAGAUUGAUUUCUUUUCUCGUAAUGUUAAUCUGACGUUUCUUGAUGACUCUCUCCUGGUCUCUCAAAUCAGAGGUAUUUUCAGUAGCUCCCACUUUCAAUUGUUAUUAGAGGAAAUGGUUGUCCUGUCACCACAGACAAAUAAAUUAUAAAUUCUGACUUAUAGGCCAUAAGUACCUGGACUGUAAGAAUAAUAGCCAGCAAAUCCUAUGUUGUUUUUUGCCUACUCAAUUACUAAGGUAAUCAAUGGUCUAUAUAGGUAACAGUUUGUCAGCCAGCCAAUGUGUGACUGAUUCUGGUUCAAAAUUAAUUUUUUUGGUUCUUGUUCAGAGGGACGAAUGCAUGAUGCGAGAAUGCUGGACACAUCUGGCCUCUAUAUUGACCUGGCACAGUUCGCCUUUUCCCCUGCUGGACAGGAGAUGUGUAUCUACGGGGAUCCGGCAUAUCCUCUACGUACCCACCUGCAGUGCCCCUUCAGAAAUGGGGUGUUAACAAGACAAAUGGAAGAGUUUAAUGCAUCUAUGAGUUCUGUACGUACAAGUGUGGAAUGGUUGUUUGGAGACCUUAUAAAUUAUUUCAAGUUUCUCGAUUACAAAAAGAAUCUCAAAAUUGGCCUUAGCCAUGUAGGAAAAAUGUACAUUGUUUGUUCACUUUUGCGGAAUACUUUAACAUGUCUCUACCGCAGUACGACUGCUGACUACUUUGGCCUUGACCCACCAUCACUAGUCGAUUACUUUAGCUAA